CAAAUUUUCGACAUUCCGGUAUCGAUAACAAUCCUGGAUGACUGCGUACCGGCGUUGCUUGAUCUUAUGGAAAAACGUGUCGGUGGUAACCUGAAUUUGGUGAAUCCUGAACCAAUCAGCCUAACUCAAAUCCUGGAGCUAUACAAAGAGAUUGUCUGUCCGGAUUUGCACCACUACGAAGUGGUUGAUGCAACCAGUGGUAAAGGCCUAGAACUGUGUGCAACGAAAGGCAAUUGUACCUUAGAUGCAAGCAAACUGGAGGAACUCUGUCCAGGUUUGCUUAUAUCUUUUCUCGUGAAACGUUAUCAAGAGACACUGGUGAAAUAG